CCACGCCCACUUCCGGCACCGCGGCCUCAGUAUGGCAGCUAUAGGUACUCUGCUUUUGAGUGUCCGGAGGCUGCACAGCAGCGUGGCGGCUCGGGCGGGCAGCCAGUGGCGACUCCAGCAGGGCCUGGCUGCCAACCCCUCCGGCUACGGGCCCCUUACCGAGCUCCCGGACUGGUCUUACGCGGAUGGCCGCCCUGCACCUCCAAUGAAAGGCCAGCUUCGAAGAAAAGCCCAAAGGGAGAAGUUUGCAAGACGAGUUGUACUGCUGUCACAGGAAAUGGAUGCUGGAUUACAGGCAUGGCAGCUUAGGCAGCAGGAGAAGUUGCAGGAAGAAGAAAGGAAGCAGAAAAAUGCUCUUAAACCCAAAGGGGCUCUCCUGCAGAACCCAUGACCAAGUCCAUAAAAGCAGUUCCUGUCUCCCUUUCCCAGCCUCUCUCUGGUUUUCUUCUCUAUCACCUCCAUGCCUCAUCCCAGCCAGGAGAGAGAGCCUUCACGUUGCCCAUCUAUCUUCAGAGCACAAGAGCUUGGACACUGGGAAGAACCGCCUGUCAGAUCACUGCCUGGAGGAGUUGGCCUAGUGCCCUCAUCCCUGGCCCCAUUCCAGUUCAGUGGAAUCCUGCUCUGGGAUACUUACCCCCUUUGCAGGCCAUAGGACUGGCCCAACUGUGAACAGUAGCUGCUCUGCGAAUAUGGAAAAGGGGUAGCAGCUCCCCUGGUUUUAGCUAGGCACUCAAGCCUUUAACAGCCCGUACACAGCUCAGGCUGAAUGCAGUUACUCAUUUAAUAAAUGUUUUGAUGGAAAAGGC